AUGCAGUACUUCCUUCUUCCCGCUGCUCUUGUGACGGCAUCUGGUAUGCUGGCCAAUGCUGCCCCAUUGAAUGGUGUCAACAAGGAUGCCGCCGACCUUCAGCCCUUGGCCGCGCCAGCCACAAACGCUGGAGAGCCGUUAGUGGUUCAAUGGAAGCCAGCUGCUAAGAACUCGGCUUGGAAGCACAUGGAUGUGUCCCUUGUCGCUCUUCUGGCAAAUGGCAAGCAGCAUGAGACAAGCCUGGCUCAUGGCAUUGACGGUACUGACCCCACGAACAACACGCUGCAUGCCAAGGCACCUAAGCAUGUCCAUGGUGACUCUACGCAGUAUCUAAUUAAAUUCUCGGACGGUCAGGACGAAAAGAAGUCGCCCAAGUUUGUCAUUCGCGAGAACAAAGAUUCGAAGCUGCACAGCCGUCGUAACUCCGGCUCAGGUAUCAGCAAGGAGCAAAUUGACUCGAUCAUCCAGGAGAUGCUUGGCUCCGGUGAACGCGACAGUGAUGACAGUGGCAGUUCGACUGGUCAUGGUAGUCCUACGGCAGCCAUCAACAGGAUCCCUUCGGCUGCGAGCUCAUCGCUCGUGUCGAAAGCGUCGAGUAAGCACAAGCCUAUUACGAUCAGCGGUGUGACGUACUACCCGAAGAUCGACUCGACUAGCAAGAGCAAGAGCAAGAGCAAGAGCAAGAGCAAGAGCAAGAGCGGCAAAAAGAGCAGCAAGAGCACUUCGGCUACGAGCACGCCCGAUAGCCGCGAUGCUUGGUCGGACAUGGCUCAGCAGAUGGAGGCCAACGAGAAGCACAGCAACAAGAGUUCGUCGAGUACGAACUCUUCGGAGCACGGCCGUAACGCUGCUGCCGCCAAGAUUCCUACAGCUUCGCCUUCGUCGUCAACCUCGUCAUCGAAAAAGCACGGACACUCGAAGUCGUCGUCAUCGUCCCACAAGAAGCACAAUGGUCAUCACUCCCACGGUCAUCACGGUGGCCAACACGGCCACAGCGGAAAGUCGCACAGCAGCGAGACAAAGAAGCACCAACACUCGAGCAAGUCGCAAAGUGCUGAGACCUCUUCAAGCCCCAGCAGCAGCGCCGAUGCCUCCCAAGGUCGCAGCGCUGUCCAGCAACAAGGUGGUGGCAAGACUGGUGGUGAGCUUCAGGUCGACACACCUGCCUUUGCUUCUCAGUGCCGGCCGCUCAGGAUCACCUGGCACGGCGGCAAGGCCCCAUACACGCCAUACAUCACAGCUGAGGGUGAUGUAGGUAACGUGCUUGACUCUUUGGAGCAGACGCAAGACACCACGGCUUCCUGGAAAGUGACCGUGCCCGAGGGCCAGAAGUUUACUAUCAACAUGUGCGAUGCCGACGGCGUCUGCAGGCCCUCGGGUCCUGUGGGUCCAGUAAGCAAGGGUCCGGACUCGUGCAUCAAUGGCGGCGGCGCACCACCCAAGAAGCGCUUUGCUAAGCGUGAGGAGUCGUGGACGAGCCGCAGCAGUGGCACGGCGUCCGAGUCGCCAAAGAGUUCGUCGUCCAAGGCUGUCCGUCACCGCGCGCACAAGUCGUCGCACAAGCCAUCUUCUGCUCAGACCUCGCCUUCGCGCAAGGAUCAGGCUCUUCUUCGCUCGUUGCUUCAUCAUUCAUCUUCGAUGGGCGGCUCAGCGUCGGAUGCUGAGGGCGCCUCGUCACUUUUCCUGGGAAUGGACCCCAUGGCCGGUCUCAGCUCGCUGUUCCAGCACAGUAGCAGUGAUGCUAGUCAGACGCCAUCACGCUCUUCCAGUGGCUCAAUGACGCGCUCGCGCGCCACGCCGACGUCGCUUCCCGUUCACCAUGGCAAGCAAAGCGCCAGCCAGGGCGGCAGUGAGAGCGCCCGCGGUCAGGCCACGCGCUCGCUGAACAAUGAGUCAUCGGGUGAGAGCGACUCUGACAUUAUGAACAUGCUGGCACAGGGCAUGAUGGGUGACUCGGGUCUCUCGCCCAAGCAAAUCAGCCGCUACUUUCACAGUGAGGGCGUGAGGACCUCGGACCACCAGCGCCACGGUCAGGAAUCAGUGUCGCUCGACUACAACCGCGGCACGCAGAGUGUUUCGAUGAGCAGCUAA